GGUGCCGGCCGCAGCCGUGUUGCGCUCUGCCGCCCGCCGCGCCGCCUCCUGCCUUCCCGCUCGCGUCGACGCGCCAUGCACGGCUCGGGUUCGCCCUGCCCGGAGAUGGGAGAUGCGGCCGCGGUGAGCGACGCGGGGACCGUUACCUCGAGGGAGGCGGGGGGCGGUUGGGGCCGGUGCCUGAGGGGAGAGGGGCGGCUGGGGCCGUUAGCUGAGGGGAUGGGGGCGGCUGGGGCCGUUAGCCGUGGGGCUCCGUCCUGGCCGCGUGGCCGUCCCCUUUCCCGGCUGCCGGGGUGAGGCGGGGUUACGCGGGGACAGCGCGGCCCGGCCGUGAGCCGUCGCGCAGGUUUCCAGCGCUAACGAACUGCCCGUCCGUGUAGCGGAGGCGACGUCGCACGUCUGUGUCUUUCGGACACCGCGCAGCCCCACUGCGUGAGUCAACCCCGGCACUCACGGCCACGAGAGCCCCGAUGACAUCAGCCAGGAAGCGCGGUUCCCUCAGGACUGGAGGCCGUGGCAGCGCCGGCUUUUUUUAGCCCCCCACCCCCCCCCUACUCCCACCCCCCCUUUCUGCAGCGCACGGCGGCGGGGCUGCAGGGCUCUCUCCGCGCCGCCCGUCCCGGUGCUCGCAGCGCAGGGGGCGCCGCGCCACCCGCACUGCCCGCGUGCUGCCGGAGCUCCGUGACGUUGGGGUUUCCUGUGCAGGAAGGCUGGGUGUUGCCUCGCGUGUGGGUGCACACCCAUCUCCUGCGCCGCCCGCCUUUGGAAGCGAGCCAAUAGCGUUCCUCCGUGCUGCCUUGCUGCUGCUCGGCGCCCUUUGGGAUCCCCCGGCACCUGUGCGCUCCCGUUGACAUUGUGGAUAUCUACGAGUCCAUCCGGGAGCGGCAGCGCCACGACAGCGAGCGCUCGACCUGCAGCACCCUGGAGCAGAACGACAUCGAGGCCGUGGAGGCGCUUGUUUGUAUGAGCUCCUGGGGGCAAAGACUGCAGAAAGGUGACAUAUUAAAGAUAAGGCCUCUCACGCCCUUCUCGGAUUCUGGAGAUUUCACAAUGCACGCUGAGGCCGCUUCUGAAUUACCGAAGGAUUGUUUAUCCACACUGUGCAUGACCCCUCCGCACAGCCCCGACUUGGUGGAGAUGUCUGCCGCCGUGCUGCUCCCCUCGCAGGUCACCUACUCCAAGCCCAGGACCGUCAUGGCAAACACAGCUGCCUGCUUGCUCACGUCCACCACCGACGCGACUCCCGCGGCCAAGCCGUCCGUUCUGAGCGUGGAGAGGCAGUGUGAGCAGAGGGCGGAAGCCUCUGCCCCUCAGCCCUGCCGGGCCAUGGCGACGAGCGUCAUACGGCACACGGGCGACAGCUCUGCUUACCACCACGGUGCUGCCGUGCGAGAGAAAGCAAAGGCAGCUUCGGGCUGCGGCACUUCUGGGGACCGGCGUGGAGCAGAGGGCCGAAGGCGUCCCGGCCUGCCGCAGGACGCGUGUGCUGCCGAUGCUUUCAUUAGCAAAGCCUCUCCGGUACCCCAGCCGUGCGCUGCUGACUGCAGCGAUGUGGUGCCUAGCAAGGGACAGCUCCCAGUCCGACCUGUUUCGCCACAGGCCCACUUACCAAAGAGCUGCAAGGAUGACUUGCAAAGAAGAGCUACCCCGGUGACGCCCGUCCCUGUGUCAAGCCCCCAGGUUCUCUGUCAAAUGAUCCCCUUGAAUGGACAAAGCGGUGUGAUUAAUGCCUACGUCAAACCUUCAGCUCCGGCCGUCUCAGCUCCGAUGAAACCUAUCUUACCGCAGGCGGCUCCGCUUUCUCAGCCUGUGCUCGUGGGGUCUUCUGUGCCUCAGGGGGCCGUCAUGUUGGUUCUUCCGCAGACCGCUGUGGCACCGACGCCGCAGUGCCCGCAGACAGUAAUGACUGUUGGGAACACCAAGCUCCUGCCCCUCGCUCCUGCCCCCAUGUUCAUCGCUUCUGGUCAAAGCUGCACCCCCCAGAUGGACUUCUCGAGACGGAGGAAUUACGUUUGCAACUUCCCCGGGUGCAAGAAAACCUAUUUCAAGAGCUCCCACCUCAAAGCCCACCUUCGUACCCACACUGGAGAAAAGCCCUUCAGCUGCAACUGGGAAGGCUGUGACAAGAAGUUUGCCCGCUCAGACGAACUGUCACGCCACCGCCGAACUCACACGGGGGAGAAGAAGUUUGCCUGCCCCGUGUGCGAGCGCCGCUUCAUGCGCAGCGAUCACUUGACGAAGCACACCCGCCGCCACAUGGCCACCAAGAAGGUCCCCAGCUGGCAGACAGAGGUGGGCAAACUGAACAGAAUGGCCACAGCGGAGAAGCCGAAAGGCAGCGGUGCUCUGAGCAUGCUCAUCCCCGUGCCAUCGCCUGUCUGUCAGGGCUAGCGGGACACAGCACCUUCUUGAAACACUGUAAGUCGUGAAGAGCUCUGCCGGCUGCAACAGAACUGACAACGCGCCCCUCUUGGCCCCCUGGGCGUGUUUGUUUGUACAUACUGCAGUUCCUUUCCUUUUAGGUCCUCUGUUAAUAAUGCUAGGUGAGCGAUCGAUCCCGUUUCCUCAUCCUAUUUGUUCCAUGGUUGGGCAGAUGCAAUCACCAGCACUUCAGGAACGCAGACCUCUUUUGAAAUGAUUUUGGCCAUAGGGUUAAACGAGCCACGUGUAUUGCUUGCUGUUAAUGUUCUGAUGGACAGUGAAACAGGGUGACUUUUAAUUUUUUAUACUAGUGUUUUCUAUACCAAAUAUAUUUUGUAUUUAUUCUUUUGGAUCUUCGCGUGCAGGCUUACUUGACCUGCGUCAGUAGAGGUGUGCAGGAUGAAACCCAGGGCUUUGAAACUUAACGACUUUCCUGUAAGCCUAAACAAAUGCAUUCAGAGCAUUCUGUAAGUAUCUAACGUUUGAAAUGUGGUGUUGGGGAUUUCCACCAUUCUGGGUUCUGAUCCUGCAACAGACGGGUGCUGUUAGACCCUCCUUGUGCAGGUGGCGUUGGAGGUCGCGCAGUCCGAGAUCUAAGCCCGUCGUUGUUUGUAAACAAAGUAAAAGCGAGCUGAAAACCAACCCAACAAAACCACUCUGGAAUGGCUUUCAGAAAAGAAGUGUUGAAAUCCAUCGGUUCGUACUCGUUGCAAGUGGAAGCUGUUGUGACUGUCAGUAAAGCUUGACACACUGGGUGUUCCUGGGUCCCCACUCUGCCCGAGCAAAGCACUGGGGAGCCAGGCUGCUCUGCUGGAUGGGGAAGCACAAACACUGUUCCGAAGCUUUGACACUAAAAACGCUGCUUUACUUUCAGCCCUACUAAAUCAGCAUAUUAAAGUCUACUGAGAAAUUGCAGAAGUGGCAAGAUAACCUGUGAAUAAUUCGCCGGGUCUCUGUUUGCAUUUCUUUUUUAUAAUACAGGAGAAAUAUAAGAUUAAGUUUACGUAUUGUGGAUGCUUACGCACCUUAUAGAGAAUUGUUCCAGACUUGAUGACCUGUAUCAGAGCGCCAGGAGAAAUACUGGGCAUGUCUUAAGAAAACAGCCACCUUUGUCAACUCGACGAUGCUCUUCACGUGGCCUUAUACUUCUCCACAGUACUUUGUAUCAAAUCACCCUUUUCUAUUAAAUGAGAUGCUCUCCCCGUU